UUCAUUCAGCUGGAUACGUGACCAACAGCAAUCUAAGUCGGGGCGGGGGUUCAUUGGAAUCGACAUCCAACGAUGGUUCUCACGCGGCAAGGAAGACCAGGUAGUAACUCGGUUUUACCAGUUCUGCCUCUGUUUCUUCGAGCUGCAGUUGUAAAAGGAACGAGGAGGGGAGGAAAAGAGUUGGGUAUUCCUACAGCAAACUUCCCUACAAGUGUAGUGGAUAAUUUACCAGAGACAAUUAGUACUGGAAUAUACUAUGGCUGGGCAAGUGUGGAUAGAGGACCUGUGUACAAGAUGGUCAUGAGUAUAGGCUGGAAUCCAUUUUACAACAACACCAAAAAGUCAAUGGAGACUCACAUAAUUCAUACUUUUGAGGAUGAUUUCUAUGGAUCAGAGCUAAGUGUGGUUAUCCUAGGAUUUAUUCGACCUGAAAGAAACUAUCCUUCACUAGAAUCUCUGAUAGAAGCCAUUCAUGCAGACAUAAAGGAGGCUGAACAAGUUCUUGAAAAGACUGAAAACAAAGAGUUUGCAUCACAUAGCUUUUUCAUCAAAACAGAUGAUUGUACAUAGCUCAUAAACUUAAUAUACUGAGUGUUAGGCAAUAUAUCCAAGUGGUGCAGCUAGCCUGCAUGGCUCCUAUACAUAGUAGAGGGGAUGCGGUAGUUUACAUAAGGGUUAAAUGUAGUUGCUAGGAUCUGUGGUAGGGGAGUCCAUAAGGUCCUAAUGAUCACAUGAUUUUCCCCCUGGGUAUUGGAUUCCCCCCCCUUCCCAUCCCCUGCAUUUUAGCCCCCACUCCCUAUGAUGUAUAUGGGCCAUGUAGCCUAUUUUUGUACAGUUAUGCAAUACAUUUUUAAUUAAGCCUUGAAUAGUAACCCCUAAAUAUAAAACAUAAACAUGAGGAUGUUUUGGGUUGCAUUGAUGCGAACAGAACUGAAACUUGUCACAUACAAAUUCUAUUUACAGUUAAUCAGGUUCAGGGCUUGACACUAAUGGUAGCCCACUAGCCACAGACUAGUAGAAAUUCAGUUUCAGCCAGUGGUUUUUCGAUUUCCACUUGCCAGUUUGGCUAGUAAACAAACCGAAAUUGUCAUAAGAUCUAAGACGUCACUAGCAAAUUGGCUAGUAGGUUGAAAAGUUGGUGUCGAGCCCUGAGGUUGACCCCCAUGUUAAAGAGUCACAGAAAAUAGAUUUAAAUGUAGUCGAAUUGUUAGACUGGUAUUCAAAACUUGAGCCAUCUGCAAAAUAUAAUCAAAGUAUUUCAUUUGAGCUCAGAAAAGUUGUAUAAUAAUCUUGACCUGUACCGAGUAGCAUUUACCAUUGUUACCUUGGUGCAAAAUAUGUAUAAGGUAAAAUAUUAUGUGUUUAACUAUGCGACCAGUGCAAUCCAGUUAAAACCGAAAUGACUAACUGUGAAUUUUCUCCCCCUUAAAAGUUUUUAAGGGUUUUUACUAUGAUCAAACUUCUCUUUGGUUUGGCUAAACCAGAGUGUUUAACCUACUAUUACCGAGACUUUGGAAAAACCUUUAAUUAGUUUAAUUAAGUUAAUUUUCUCAUCAAUUAAGGAUCUAUUUUGUUCAACUUCAAAAAACUAGAAGUUUCAAACUUUACCCUGCUGAUGGUUUAUGUUCACAAGGAAAUACAAAAUUGGGGAAUUCCUUUUUGUGAAAUGAAUGAAUGAAUUAAAAAAAAACAAACCCUUUUUGAA